AUGACAGAACCAGUUGAACGUGGCUUGUCAUACCUCGAACAAGAGGGAGGGGAUCAGUGGAACGAAAGUGAUCCCCCGUUCUACCGUAUUCUCGCUGACAACUGGUCCUCUCUUGUCGACGAUUUUUCAUAUGACCCCUUUCCCGAAUGCCCUUCCGCUCCCCUCACCCCUGACCUUGCGGCUUCCACCUCACCCGGCACUCUCCACGAGAUCACCAAUGACCAAUACGAUAAGGGCUCCUCGGUCGAAGACGGCGCCUCUUCUACCGAUACUCCUAGCCUUGACAUCCACGAUGGGAUGUCUGAAAUCACUUGUACGAUCGGCUCCACUGUGGGCGAAGAGCAACGACCGACUACUGCUGCAGAUGAUAGUCUCCAGAGACCUACAUCUUAUGGAAAAGUCUCGAUGGGUGUUAAAUCUGGCCGUGGCAGUCCACUGAAGUGCAAAUGGAAGCACUGCGAAUACUCAGGCGGAUUCUCUCAAAUGGGAGCCCUUUUACGCCAUAUCAAAACAAAGCACAUCUCACCGGGAUUAUAUGAAUGCCACCAGAAAGAGUGCAAGAAGUCGUUCAACCGAAAGGACAAUUUGAUUGCACAUAUCCGGAAUGUUCACCGCGAAAUCGUUUGA